AUGUCUGUAACGCCACAAGGUGGGAGUGGUGACUGCAAAACCUCCAGUUGUCCAGCGAACAUCAAUCUUGUUUGUCCUUCAGACCUUCAAGUGAGAGGUUCUGAUGGGAGUGUGAUUGCUUGUAAAAGUGCUUGUUUAGCUUUCAACAAGGAUCAAUAUUGUUGCCGUGGAGCUUUCAAUACCGAACAAACAUGUCCACCCACAAACUAUUCUACUGUUUUCAAGAACCAGUGUCCGCUUGCCUAUAGCUAUGCUUACGAUGAUAAGACCAGCACCUUCACCUGCUCUUCAACACCCGACUAUGCCAUCACUUUCUGUCCAUCCACUUGA